UAUUUUCCUGAGGGUGGGGGGGGGAAACAAAAUGGCGGAGCUGGGCAAGAAGUAUUGCGUGUAUUGCUUGGCCGAAGUGAGCUCCCUCCGCUUCCGCUGCACCGAGUGCGCCGACAUCGAGCUGUGCCCAGAGUGCUUCUCGGCGGGCGCGGAGAUCGGCCCUCACCGGCGCUGGCACGGCUACCAGCUGGUGGACGGCGGGCGCUUCACCCUCUGGGGCGCCGAGGCCGAGGGCGGCUGGAGCAGCCGCGAAGAGCAGCUCCUGCUGGACGCCAUCGAGCAGUUCGGCUUCGGCAACUGGGAAGAUAUGGCUGCUCAUGUUGGAGCAUCACGGACGCCUCAGGAAGUAAUGGAACACUAUGUAAGCAUGUAUAUACAUGGUAACCUUGGGAAGGCCUGCAUCCCUGAUGUUAUUCCCAACAGAGUGACUGAUCACACCUGCCCAACUGGUGGCCCUCUUUCACCUAGCCUGACUAUGCCUCUGCCACCUCUAGAUAUAUCAGUGGCUGAACAGCAGCAGCUGGGAUAUAUGCCACUUCGAGAUGAUUAUGAGAUUGAAUAUGACCAAGAUGCAGAGACCCUAAUCAGUGGCCUUUCAGUAAACUAUGAUGAUGAUGAUGUCGAAAUAGAAUUAAAAAGAGCUCAUGUGGACAUGUAUGUAAGAAAACUGAAGGAGAGGCAGAGACGAAAGAACAUUGCCCGUGACUACAACUUGGUCCCUGCUUUUUUAGGCAAAGACAGAAGAGAUAAAGAAAAACCUUCAAAACGCAAAAUCACAAAAGAAGAAAAAGAGCUGCGGUUAAAAUUAAGGUCUCUCUAUCAGUUUAUGUCUUGCAAGGAGUUUGAUGAUUUCUUUGAAAACUUGCACAAAGAGAAAGUACUUCGAACCAAGAUUAGGGAACUACAACGAUAUCGGCGGAAUGGUAUAACAAAAAUGGAAGAAUCUGCAGAAUAUGAAGCAGCUAGACACAAACGAGAGAAAAGGAAAGAAAAUAAAAAUAUUGGUACUUCAAAGAGGGGGAAAGAAGAUGGUAAAGACGGGGAAUUUGCAGCAAUUGAAAACUUACCUGGCUUUGAACUGUUAUCUGACCGAGAGAAAGUGCUUUGUAGCUCUAUUAAUCUGAGUCCAGCACGUUACGUGACUGUUAAAACUAUUAUCAUUAAAGAUCAUCUCCAAAAAAGGCAGGGCAUUCCAUCAAAAAGUCGCCUUCCUAGUUACCUGGAUAAGGUACUAAAGAAAAGGAUUUUGAACUUCUUAACUGAAAGUGGUUGGAUAUCCAGGGAUGCCUCUUGAAUCUUGUUCUGUCUCCCUUGAAACAGUAUGAACUAAAACCUAGGAUUCUCUUGUAAAAGCUUAAAAUCCUAAACUGAACUGGAUUCUUCUGGAUUGAAUCAUGCAAAUGCUAGAUCGUACUUUGCGACCCACACAGCUUCCUUGAGAGGAGGAAAUUGCUCUUAAAAUAAUUGUAGGAUAUGUGACUCGCUUAUCUUUGACUAGUAUAGCAAAUGUGGCAGUAACUGAGACCCACCUCUGCUGUAGAAGCUAUUUGAGUGGAGAGGGGGGAGACCUCCAGCUUCUUAUGGACAUAGUGCAGAGUGAGGCUGCAGUCCUCUGUACACUUACUUGGGGAGUAAAUCUGACUGAAUUCAGAGGAACUUGCUGUUGAGUAAACUUGAAUAGGAUUGGGGUGCAUGUGUCUUUUUACUAAAUCCUGGGUACUAAACUUCAAAAGCACAGAGAAAUUAAGAUUUUUAGUGACGAUCCUUAGCUAUAAGCUAUGGUUCAUUGCCAAAACAAUAUAUUUUGCUGCACCAGUAGAAGAGCAUAAAGAACGCAAUGCAAGAGGGCAUAAAAGGGUUUCUGCUGACCUGCUUGAGUGUACACAUGGCAAUUUUAAGAGUAGACUGGCUCCACCAGCUAGUUGAAUUUAGACCCAUGACUUGUCUUUGGCAAGUAA